AGUAAGAGCUGAGACAUCCUUCGCCGGAGCCCAGACCUCACCGGAGCCCUCCGCGGCACGGCAUCCCAACCCCGGCACGGCAGAGGGGACGGGGGGGCUUUGGGGACCCCUCCUUGCUCUCCCUGCAGCAGGAAUGAAAUUUGGGGCAGGUGACUUGGCAGAGCAUCCCGGACCGCGCACCCACCCUGGUCUGGCUGUGUCCUUGCUGAGGCUCUCCCAGCCCACAGCCAGCUCCACCCAUGGCUCCUCCAGCGCUCGCUAACGGUGGGGACACGCAGGACACCUCGCCGGAGGUCCCCUGUGGUGGCUUUCCCUCAUAAACCUCCUCUCCCACCACCAUCUCAGCUCAUCGCUCCCCCUGGCCCCUCCUGGGGGGCUUCGCAAACUGCUCCAGGGAGGGGGUCCAUGGGGGUUACCAGCACAGGCAGCAUGGGGUGGCUGUCCCAUGGCGUCACCCCCCUCAUCACUUGGUGCUUUGUCACCUUCCAGGCAGCCUCCUGCCUGCGGGAGCAGCCCGGCAGCCACGCCGAGGAGCGUCUCUUCAAGCACCUCUUCACCGGCUACAACCGCUGGUCGCGGCCGGUGCCCAACACCUCCGACGUGGUCAUCGUGAAGUUCGGGCUCUCCAUCGCGCAGCUGAUCGACGUGGGGACUGUACAGCUGCCCAGCCAUCGGAGUCGCUCAGAGCCCUGUGCUGCAAAACGCUCUUUCUUGCUGCCAUCUAGUGAGCAGACAUCUCAUGGAAAUAUAGUCCCUCCUUGGACUUGCACUGGAUGAGAAGAACCAGAUGAUGACCACAAACGUCUGGCUGAAGCAGGAGUGGAGCGACUACAAACUGCGCUGGGAUCCGGCGGACUUUGACAACGUCACCUCCAUCCGGGUGCCCUCCGAGAUGAUCUGGAUCCCUGAUAUCGUGCUCUACAACAACGCUGACGGGGAGUUCGCCGUGACCCACAUGACGAAAGCCCACCUCUUCUCCAACGGGAAGGUGAAGUGGGUGCCACCCGCCAUCUACAAGAGCUCGUGCAGCAUCGACGUCACCUUCUUCCCCUUCGAUCAGCAGAACUGUAAGAUGAAGUUCGGCUCCUGGACUUACGACAAGGCCAAGAUCGACCUGGAGAACAUGGACCGCCACGUGGACCUCAAGGAUUACUGGGAGAGCGGCGAGUGGGCCAUCAUAAAGGCCAUCGGCACCUAUAACUCCAAGAAGUAUGACUGCUGUACCGAAAUCUACCCUGACAUCACCUUCUGCUUCAUCAUCCGUCGCCUCCCGCUAUUCUACACCAUCAAUCUCAUCAUACCUUGCCUGCUUAUCUCCUGCCUGACCGUGCUGGUCUUCUACCUGCCCUCCGACUGCGGGGAGAAGAUCACCCUCUGCAUCUCCGUCCUGCUGUCCCUCACCGUCUUCCUGCUGCUCAUCACAGAAAUCAUCCCGUCCACCUCGCUGGUCAUCCCUCUCAUCGGCGAGUACCUCCUCUUCACCAUGAUCUUCGUCACGCUCUCCAUCAUCAUCACCGUCUUCGUCCUCAACGUCCACCACCGGUCCCCCAGCACCCACACGAUGCCGCGCUGGGUCCGUGGCUUCUUCCUCAACUUCAUCCCUCGCUGGCUCUUUAUGAAGCGACCCCCGGCGCCGCCUCCCCCCGAGGGGACCGCGGGGCAGUACGACCUCCCGGGGACGAGGCUCAGCACCUCCCGCUGCUGGCUGGAGACUGAUGUGGAUGACAAGUGGGAGGAGGAGGAGGAAGAAGAGGAAGAGGAGGAGAAGACGUACCCCGGCCGCAGGUCCAAGGGGGGAUCCCGCAGCCAGGCCACCCAGUGCCGCUACGCCUGUGGACGCCAAGCUGGGAAGGCGCCGGCGGGUUCAGCCCCCCGGGUGCCCCCCAAGGGGGAGGAGGAGGAGGAGGAGGAGGAGGAGGAGGAGGAGGAGGUAGGCUCGGACCGGGGGCUGGUGCUGUCCCCCAGCAUCCUGAAGGCGCUGGAAGGGGUGCAGUACAUCGCGGACCACCUGCGAGCCGAGGAUGCUGAUUUCUCAGUGAAGGAGGACUGGAAGUACGUGGCCAUGGUGAUCGACCGCAUCUUCCUCUGGAUGUUCAUCAUCGUCUGCUUGCUGGGCACCAUGGGGCUCUUCCUCCCACCCUACCUGGCGGGGAUGAUCUAGGGGCCGGGCUGGGCUGCGGUGGGGACGGCAGGCAAUGCACGUUCCCUCCUCCUGGGGAGCGGGGACGGUGGGGCCCACAUCCAACCAGACCCUUGCCUCUCCCUGAGAGGACACGGUUGCAACCACGGAGGACCUUCGGGUGGGAGUUGGAAGGUGAAGAAAGGGCUGUGCCGAGGGGUGACCUCGGGCUGGUGGGGAGGGACCUUCCAUCCCAUCUGGGGCGGUCGCAGCCAUCCCGGAAUCGAGGGAGACGCGGUACAGCCUCUCCGUUGCCCGAGCAUAGGUUGAAGGUAUCGAAGAGAGGCAUCUGCUUCCUCAACCUGCUCCAAGUCCUACCCAACGCGGCAAGCCGUAACUCUUGGGGUGGUCCAGGCAGGUCGUGGGAUGGAGGUCCCUGCUCGGCCGCGGGACUCGGGGUCGCAGACCCUCUGCAACCCGCCGGCACGAGCGGAUCGCUUCCACACCAUCCCACGCCGGAGCUCGGGGCGGCAGGGAGACGGGAAGAGCCGACCCAGAAAUGUGGGUGGCUUGGGAGGGAAAAGCCACCCUGCGGAACGGGACAACCCACCCAGCCGUGGCCAGACGGAGCCUGGGAGCUCGGGGUGCUGCCCUGCGCCGAGGCUGGUGGACUCAGCUGGCGUGGGGGGAACCUGCGCUGCCGGCGUCCGGCCCGAGCAAAUCCUCCUCUCCAUCCCACCUCAGACCCCAAACCGCCUGGCUCUGAUGACUGCUGCAAUCCGGUUUUUAAUUUCUAGCUUCCAUAUAUCCUAAAGAGCAUCUACUCUCUUCUUCCGUGCCCUCAGAGGCACCAGGAUUUUCCAGCAAUGAUUUUCUCCUCCAGGAGACCAGCCUGGGCGCCGUGGUGCUGGGUGUAGUCUGAGAGAUAUCGAGAAAACACUUUGUGCUUUCAGGAGUGAAACGGGCUGGAAUAAACGGUGCCAAGGAGGGACAUGCAUGUCCCGAGGGUGUUGCAACUGUUCA